AUGGUUUCAAAUGACAUUAAUAUCGGUGAUUCAACUAAUCAUGUUACUAACGGAAAAUUAGACUUAAGAAGUUAUAAUCCCUUGAACAACAAAGUGAGUGUUACUAUUACAAUAGAUCCUCCUAAGGACUCUAUAAAUCGUUUGAUUAAAUAUGAGGUCAGAGCAAAAUCUAGAGCAGGAGGCCUUAAGGAAUACAUGUUGGAAAAAAAUUACUUCAAACUUAAACAUGCAAUAUUCGAACGCGAGGGAGAUUUUGCGAUUCUCGAUUACAGCUCUUCAUCAUUUUUGAAAAUAGAUGCAAAGAUUACAGUUAUUGAGGAGAUAUCGAAUCACAUUUAUGAGACUCAAGAAGAUCUUCAGGAUGAAAAUAAAGAUCAAACCUUCUCGCGCCUUGCAAAAUUUUAUUUGAAUGACAAGUUUUCAGACUUCUCAUUCACAGUAGGAGAGACAAAAUUUCCUGUUCAUAAAGUGUUUCUUUCAUGUCGAAGUCCUGUUUUUGAAAUAAUGUUUGCAGGAAAUUUUAAGGAAAGCACUUCAAGUUCUCAAGUCAUUUCUGAUGUCAGCGCUGAAGUUUUUGGUGAAAUGCUUCAUUUCUUGUACAAGUCCAAAAUUAAUAACCUGGAGUAUGCGGAAGACUUGCUUGCAAUUGCAGAUCGCUAUCAGAUUGAUGAUUUGAAAGCACCUUUGGAGUUUCAUUUAUUUCUAAAACUUGACGAUGAUAAUGCUGACAGAUUCUUUCAAUUGGCAGAUCGUCACAACUGCAGUGAGGCUUUUAAAAAAGAAUGUUUUGAAGUUUUAAAAAGAGCAAAAUGUAAUACAAACCUUAAGGAAUACAUAUUUGCAAAAAAUUACUUUAAAUAUCAAAAUGCAAUAAACGAGGGCAAGCAAGAUUUUGCGAUUCUCUAUGCCAGCUCUUCAUCAUUUUUGAAAAUAGAUGCAAAGUUUACAGUUAUUGAGGAGAGAUCGAAUCACAUUUAUGAGCCUCAAGAAGAUCUUCAGGAUGAAAAUAAAGAUCAAACCUUCUCACGCCUUGCAGAAUUCUUUUUGAACGAAAAGCUUUUUAAAGACUUUAAUUACUCAUUACCGGAAGAACUUUUCAAGCAACCAGAAAAGGUUCAUGAAAUUGUUGAUGCUAAAGCUCAUCUUGACAAUCUACUCGAAAGAGCAUCUACUGGUGAAAAUUCAGUUGGUGACGACCUUGUGCAGCACGAUUAAAAAAGAAAGUCGAGAAAGUCGAGCUAUCGAAACUCAAAAUUAAAAUGACCUUUUUUUCAAUUUUAUUAAACUUCAUAUUUACAACAUUCUUCAAAUAUUUUAAAACUUUUCCAAAAUCAGACAAGCAUGUCUUGUUGUGAAAUCAAAAAAAUUCUUCAUAUUUAGUAGAAAUUUCCCAUGAAAAACGAGAUAAUUCAAAACUUUA